AUGUCCAGCAACUCAAUUCAUCUACCUCAAGAACUUAUUGACUGUAUCAUCGACACCCUCUGUGACGAUAGAGCUGCACUUUUGUCACUACAUGGUGCUUCAAGGUGCUUCAGCAAUAGAGCAUGCUCUUAUAUCUUCCGUACCGUCUCCCUCCGAAGUGACCUACUACCGAGAUUCGUCGAGCUGUGCUCCCAGUCCCCGAGAAUCCUCCCCUAUAUUCAGGACCUCCACGUGUCAGAUUAUACACAUGAGAUGGACGAAUCACUCCGUUGGCUACCAAACAUACACAGCAUCUCAGUUGUAGAUGGUCCCGCGACGUUUGUUGCCGUCAUUUUUCCCACCAUCACAUCGCUCGCACUCCGAAACGUCGCGUUUCCCAGCCACUUGGAGUUUGAUGGGUUUCUUCGGCGGCUGUCGAGGCUGAGGCAUCUGUCGCUUAUGGAUGUCUCCGUUCCGCGAUAUUGCAGUCCGCCGCUGACGGUUGAGAAGUACGGCUUUGUGCUCGAGUCUCUGGAGGUGCAUUGCCGGGCGUCGAUGAACGCCGUUCGGAUAACGUCCGAGAAUGACAUGUGUCCCUUGGUGAUCUCGCGCGCGUUGAAGAAAUUGACGGUCGCUAUCAGCGUCGUUGAUUUCCUGCCGUUCAUUCUGAAAAGACUCUCGGAAAACGGCGGUCGAAUCAAAACUCUGUGCAUAGGCCCAAGUAUCGCUAAAGACUUCCAGACAGGCAGGUUAUUCAACGCUAUCGACGUGAGACGUCCAGCGAAUUGGUCUGGCAUACCGUGCCGCGACACGCUUUCCGACCUGCAGCAUAUAUCCCUUACGGUGAUAGACAUGCCGAAUGUGAACCCCAUCCCGUCCAUACGCUGGCUCGUCAACUUCCUCAGCCACGCCCCCGUGCCUAGCGCCCUCUUCUCCCUCACGCUCACCAUUGCCUUCUCCAGAACGAGCAACGGGUAUUUCCUCAUCUUCAACCAGGGCUCUAUCUGGAAUGACGUGGCGGCGGCGCUGCCGGCGCUCGCGCGGUGGGACAUCCGCCUGACCAACUGGGAUGCGAUGAGGGAUUUGGAGUUUCGGACGUUGUCCCCCGCGUCUGGGGCUGUGAAGCGGCUCAUUGAGAAGAAGCUGCCGGGUUCGGGGCUGUGGGGUGUGACGAGAGUGGGGGUGGAUUAUUUCCCGGAGGGGUAUAAACGAGUUAGCGGGGGCACUUCUGUUCGAGAGUCUAGGGCGGCGAAUAUUUUUGCAUCGACGCUCAAUGGUGGGGUCAUUCGGUUUCGGUUGGUAUAG